GUUGGGCAAAGGGGUAUGCAUCAGCCCAGCGGUUCACAGUCUUGAACACACGAAUUGGAUUGCUGACUCAAGUGGCUCUGAGGCGGGUGGCAAACGAUGGAACAUCCAAAGAGGAAGGGUUCCCCGUCAGAGGAGAAUCGCAGAAGUGAGUGUGAGAGGACAUAUUGCUGGGCGCCUGCCAGGACACAGACAUAUGGCGGUAUCCAGCUCAGGGUUUCUGGAAGGAAUGAAGAGAGGAAGAGUCUGGCUGUUGUUGGACAAGUAAGGCCAGUGGACAGCAACAUCUGUCACAGCAAGCAGGGUACGGCUGGACUGAACCUGGUUGACUGUCUACUUAAUUUCCAGUCUCCAACCUUAAGGAUCUUUCUUCUGCGUGCCAAGACUGGGGUCUGCCUGCCAGUGAAGAUGAUGAGGUCUUGGGAAGAAUCCCCCGCAAUUUCGAUUCUCGCAGAUCUGGCAUGGAAGCUGACGAAGAGGACCAAACGGUUUAUCAGUCUACUGAUAGCAGCAAUUCUUGGAAUUAUAGCCGUCACUGCUUCUGCAGCUGGCAAUGGAAUAGCCCUUACUGAAUUUGCAUCUAAUUGACAUCAAGAUGCAGAAAGGUUGUGGGUUACUCAAAAACAAAUUGACACAGAAAUUUAUAAUGAGUUAGCUGAUUUAGAACAAACAGUAAUUUUGUUAGGAGAUCAAUUGUAUAGAGUAGAAAAACAAAUGAAAUUAAAAUGUGAUUGGAGCUUAGUUCGAGGGGAUCGAGACAAGAUGGCGGACUGAAGCCAGCUUUCAACAGAGGCUCCCGCCCAGAAGGAGAGUUAAGGGACAGGAAUUUAGUAGGUGUCCUGGUGGACUUGAGCCUCACCAAGAGAGAAGGUUGAAGAACGUACAUCAACACCACUGAGGCAAGCUGUGAUCACAAGGAC